UUUAACCAUUGAGCCACCACUUCCUUUAACUAAACUUGACAUUUCCUACACACCUACUGGAAGCGCUAUUUGGUUAAUUUAAAUCUAUUUUACACCAGGUGACUGCAUGGACAUCAAGACCUCACAACCGCUAUGCCCAUGCUUUCCACGUUACACUCACAAAUGUUUUAUCGGAAAAGCAAGGCACUUUAUUUGUGUUUUCUCACCAUGAUAAACCAUGUGUGGUGAUUACUGUAGAUAUGCAUUAUCAAUAUAUACAGUCUGAUUAAAUUAGUCCAUGUUUACUCCGAUACGCCUUAGUAAUCAUGAUCAUGCCGCAUUAUGGAUAGUUCUGCCAUUUUUGUUGCAUUAGUUCCUUGUUUACAUGCUACAAGCACAUUCUCACACAUUGAAAAUUUGCAGAGAUUGCGGUCUUAAUGACUGACUUUUGUCAACUGUAUCACAAUGUACUACAGAAGGGAUACCAACCUACACUAUACGGAUAAAAUUAGUCUUAUUGACAGUGUAGAACCAUAGAGACUUGGAUAUGCUGCCUCCUUUUACAGUUCCGUAAAUCUUUUCAUAUCUGACGGGUGGAUCGAGUGCCUAAUAUUUUUGAACAAUCUUAAUAUUUCAAGUCACUCUAAACCAGGGGUGGGCAAUUAUUUUUCACAAGGGGCCACAUGAGAAACCAAAAUUAUGUCAGAGGGCCACGAUAAAUUUAGGUUGUAAUUUUAUUGACCAGAUGUAAGGCGCACCUUUUUAAUAUAGGGUGAAUUCAGGUAAAUUGGGCCACUUUUUUUUGCAAACUUGGAAAGACCCCCCCUGCCUUUUAGGGGUACACCAGCCCAUCCCCUUACCCUCAGGGAGGCGUUUUAGAGUACCAAAUGCCAUUAAAAACCUAUACAAGAAAUCGUUUGUUCCCAAUGCAGUUAAUAUGAUAAACAAAGUGGGAAUUGUAUCCAACACACAGGCAACUUUUGCAAACCAAGAUGAGUCUUGUUUUAUUUAUUUAAUCAUUUAUUUAUUGGAGUAGUAUUCCUUACUAUUUUUACAUUUUAAAAUUUUUACACUUAAUUUAAUCAUCUAUUAGAGUAGUAUUCCUUACUAUUUUUACAUGAAAUGGAGUCAUAUGUGUUUUUUAUGUGGUGAAACUGAAGACAAGUUUCCACACUUGUGGACAAUAAAGAUUCAUUCAUUCAUUCAUCACAGAAAUAUUAUGGCAUCCAAAUGACUUAAAGCAAAUAAAGUAGUAAUGUUGCAACAAUUUAAAUACAUUUGUGGUGAUUGGCCAGUAAAAUUGGAAGAGAUGAAAAGCUCAGUGCGUAAGUGGCCCAGUUUACCUGAUGGCCCAAUUUACCUGAAUCCACCCUACUUAAUAUAUAUUCAUGUCAAUACAUAAUUAAUAUUAAUAUUAUAUUUAUUCAUAGGCUAUGUGGAAUUGUGGUGUCGGCUACAUAUAAAGAAGAAAACAAAACCAGUCAUUGAAUCAGUGCAAUUUAUUAUUUACAUUUAUUUAUUAUAUAUACAAUUUAGCUGACAUGCCUGACUGACGACGUGCUGGCUAUCCUCACUUGUUGCAGUUGACGUUCACGCACAGCUCGCACGUUCGAACGUAAACAUGAACGUAGCGCUUUCAAAAUAAAAGUCGCACCAUUAUAUUGCACUCGGAAUAUGGGGGUUUCCCCAUUUAUUUUGUAAUUUAUAAUUGGCCUCGCGGGCCGGACAGGGACACACAACGGGCCGGAUGUGGCCCGUGGGCCGUAGAAUGCCCAGGUCUACUCUAAACCCACGCAUAGUUUAAAAAUGAAGGGGUAGAGGACCUGCAACAUCUACAAGAAGCCAAAAUCCGAUAACCAAGUUAUACAAAUCAGUAUGCUGCUGCCACAGCGAUCCCUGUCUCAGUGUGUGGCAGUGGGAAGACGUGCUGCUUCUUCAGUUCCUGUUGGCGCGCUGAAAUUUGUUCCAUCCAGCAGCUCAGCGGACAGGAGCUCCCUGGAGCAGCUCCAGACGUUUGUAUCACAAGCCUCACGUCUCUUUGUGUUAACUGGAGCAGGACUGUCGACUGAGUCAGGAAUCCCUGACUAUCGUUCGGAACGUGUGGGGCUGUAUGCACGCACAGAUCGCAGGCCAAUGCAGCACACCGAGUUCAUGUGCAGUUCCAAGGCUCGGCAGCGCUACUGGGCCCGUAAUUAUGUGGGCUGGCCACUAUUCUCUUCCCACCUCCCAAAUUCAGCUCACUAUGCUCUGAGAGACUGGGAGGAGAAGGGCAAAGUUCGCUGGCUUGUCACUCAAAACGUGGAUGCUUUACAUUCAAAGGCAGGACACCAGAGACUGACUGAGCUUCAUGGCUGUUCACACAGGGUGGUGUGUAUGGGAUGCGGGCACCUGACUGCACGGGAGGAGAUGCAGAAGCGUUUUGCUGCACUGAACCCUGGCUGGGAGGCAAGCGCAGGCGAAGUAGCACCGGACGGAGACGUGUUUUUGGAGGAUGAACAAGUGAUGCAAUUCAGGGUUCCUUCGUGCCAGUCCUGUGGUGGCAUCCUUAAGCCUGCCGUGACGUUUUUUGGUGACACGGUGGACCGUGCAACUGUACAGUUUGUGCACGACAGGCUGGCUGAAGCUGAUGCUAUGCUUGUGGCUGGAUCCUCACUGCAGGUGUAUUCUGGGUACCGUUUCCUGUUAGCAGCCCAUGAGAGACGAAUCCCAGUGGCCAUCCUGAACAUUGGUCCUACGAGAGCUGACCACCUUGCUGAGCUUAAAGUCAGUGCUCGAUGUGGAGAAGUGCUCCCAAUCCUCAGUACCAUCUGAGACCAAGAACAGCCAAUGCAUGGAAAAUUUUCCCCACUUUCAGUGGUGCUCAAAAUCAGAAAACUUGUCCUUUAGUUUUCAGUGAUAACUUCUAUAAAAACUGUUGGCUUCUACCUCACUGUGCAGUGAUGAAAACACAAUAGAAAACUUAAUUAUCUGUUAUUGUUAGCAGUAGCCAUGUUUGAAGCGAUCUAGCUUGUUUCAUUUGUUGUAACCCACAUGAUUGAAAAGAAUGAUGAAGAGGGUAGACAGAUUUUAGGUGGCACUGCAGAGAAGCCUCAAAAGACUUGAUAACUGUCACUUUUUUAUUUUUAGUUGUUCUAUUACCUGCAACUCAGGGAAACUCAAGUGAAAGUCAGAAAUGUGUAUUGUUAUUCGGCUUUUAGCUGUGGUGAUGGAAUAUUUUUGAUUAGUUUAUUGCCUACUAACUAGGACUAACUGAUGGGUCACUGGACAUUAGCCUUAAUUCAUGUUAGUACAUGCAAACGGUUUUUAAAAACAUUCAUAACGCAGAGUUAAAUGUUUGUGGAUUUCUAGUCACAUCUGACACUCAGCUCAUUAUCUCCUUGUUGAGCAAUACUCAAUAUUUAAGAUAUGUGAGCUUUUAGGCUUGCACCUCUGAACUUUUAAACUGAUUUGUAAAUGGUUAACUGCUGCUUGAUGGCUGUUUCUGGUGUGGGUCAUAUUUAUCAGCUCAAGGGGAAAACACGUUUACAAUUUAAAAAAGGAUUUGAGGAGAGUUAUAGUUCACUUAAUAAGCUUGAAUAAACUUGAACCUGUGGCAUACGCCAAAAGAACAAUGUGUUAUCUAGAAACUUUUAGUCACAUACAACCUACACCUAAUGCUAGCUGACCUAGCUAAAGUGAGUUUUUGGUGGUAAAUCGUGGUUGUUUUGGGAUGUUUUGAAAAGCUUGUUUAAAUAAGUCACUGAGAACUUUAUAGUUAAAGAAAUCCUACUUCUCUUUACCAACCAGUCACAAAUGAGAGUGAGUUUAUUAGUCAACUAGCAAGAGUGCGAGUUAACUAGCCGGCUAGCUGAUUUAGCUAAUAAUAUUGAAUAAAAAUAUUAUAAUAAGGUGGUGGUUGUUGUAUUUGAGGGUUAUAGAAGUCACUGAGAAUAUCACAGUGCUAAAAUCCCACUCGUGUUAGUCAGCCUGUGUCAAAGGAAAUCUAAUUUACUAGCAAGUAAAUAUUUCCUGUCUAAGUCAAUGUUUGUGAUAAACAGUUUCUUAUAUUGGGGUACAUUUUGGUUUGGCUGUUGUUAUAUGGCCCCUUCUAUAAUUGUGGGUACAUUUCAAGUGUUGACCCUGUCAGUCAUUGUUAAACUGGGCAAUCCAUUAACAAGAAUAACAGAGUUGACUUUUUUCCCCACCAUUUUGUGUCUUAACUCUACAUGCUAACCUCAAACUAGCCACCACAUGGCAUGCAUGAAAACAGAAUUUUAUGGAUUUUAAAUCAUCAUCUCAUCUCAUUAUCUCUAGCUGCUUUAUCCUUCUACAGGGUCGCAGGCAAGCUGGAGCCUAUCCCAGCUGACUACGGGCGAAAGGCGGGGUAC